AGCCGACGUCAGUACGGCAAUUGAAAACAAAACCGAACUUCGAAGAGAGCUCAAGUCGCGAGUGUAAACGAAAGUGUUCAGUUAUCAUACGUGAAGAAAAUUACGAAAAUGUCUUUGAUUCCACGCUUUUUUGACGAGAGACCUUUUAGACAUAUGGAAAGAGAAUUAUUUUCGCCGAGCAUCUUCCCAAACUACCACCAGAAUCUCGUUCCACGUGAUUUCUACCAGCGGUGGACUUCACCAUUCCGGCAAUGGGAAGAUAUGUACAAACAGAUGGAGCAACUCUCGUCUGUUAUGAAUAAAAUGGCUAUGGAAGGUACCAAGAUAUCCACAGAUUCGGAGAAGUUCCAAGUCAACGUAGACGUCCAACAUUUUGCCCCUGAAGAAAUUUCUGUGAAGGUCGCGGACAGACAUGUGACUAUUGAAGGCAAGCAUGAAGAGAAGCAGGAUGAACAUGGCUACGUUUCCCGGCAGUUCAUACGAAGAUAUCCCUUACCUGAAGGAUGUUUACCAGACACGGUGCAGUCUAAAUUAUCAUCUGAUGGUGUAUUAACUGUCACAGCUCCAAAGGUCUUGGCUAUGCCUUCAACUGGAGAAAGGAUCGUACCUAUUACACAAACGGGACCCAUCAAAAAACAAAUUGGAUCACCUAAUGUUGAGCCAGCCAAAAUUGAAGAAAAAAAUAAUUAGAUUUAAUUUUUAGUGCUUUUCGAUUGAAGACUGAACUUUUUCGUGAUGUGUAAUUAUAAUGUCUGAUAUUUUAUGUUAAAAAUGUAAUUUUUGUAUAUAUUCUUUCAUGUAUAACAGUUAAUGUGGUAAUAAAACAUUAUCAUGAA